UUUUUUUUCACUUUAAAAGAUUAUAGUCUUACCAUCACACUCAAGUAAUCUGUCUACAGCUGCUCAUAUCUGCUACAAACAAUGACAGCUUCAGACGAAAGUCGACGGUCAACAUCGACGGGUCGAACCGUCAAGGGUGAAGUUAUCACCGAAAUCACUUCGGUCGAAAUAGACGAAAAAGCCAAUAUCCACGAAUUAGAAGCUCUUGCUGAAAUAAAACCUGCAGUAAAUACUGAAGAAUCUGAGGAACUCGAUGAAUCUGGAAAGAAGAAAAAGAAAAAGAAGGUUAAGGAACCUUCAGUCAAGCUAUGGGCUAUGUUCAAAUACUCGACACCUAUGGACAAGUUCAUGGUCAUUAUCGCCAUCAUCUGCUCAAUCUGUAUUGGUGCCAUUCAGCCAAUUUCUGUAAUCAUCCUUGGAAAGUUCUUGACAGAGCUUCAAACUGCCCUGGCUCAUCCCGAAACACUAUUGGAUAAAACCAUGGGAUUGAUUCUUGUCUUUGUGUACAUGGGAACUGGUGUUAUGAUUGCCGCCUACGUCGGAAAUACUUUCUGGGUUCUAAGUGGCGAGAACCAGGCCCGCCGAAUUCGUCAAAUGUAUGUCCACGCAAUCCUCCGUCAAGACAUGUCCUGGUUCGACAAGGCUGAAGAUGGUUCUCUCAACACUCGUCUGGCCACAGACACCCAAUUGAUCCAAGACGGUAUUUCUGAAAAAUUCGGCCUUUUCGUGACCGCUAUCUCCCAGUUUGUCACCGGAUUCAUCGUCGCUUUCAUCAAAGGAUGGCAUCUUGCUGUUGUCAUGUUGGCUACAUUGCCUUUCAUGGCUGGUGUGGGUGCAGUAAUGGGUAUAUUUAUCACAAAAUAUACACUCAAGACCCAGACCUCCUAUGCUGAAGCUGGUUCUGUUGCCGAACAAGUAUUCUCUGGUAUCCGCACUGUCUAUUCCUUCUCUCUCCAGUCCCGUUUCUCUGAACUCUACAGUAUUAAGCUCGAAAAAGCAAAGCAAACCGGUAUCAAGCGUGGCAUGAUCCUCGGUCUUGGCCUUGGUGCUUUUAUGUUUACUCUCUUUGCUACAUAUUCUCUCUCUUUCUGGUAUGGUGGCCAGCUUGUUAUCCAAGGAAAGCUCAAUGGUCCUACCGUCCUUGUUGUCUUUUUUGCCAUGAUUAUGGGUGCCAUGGCCCUUUUGCAGCUGCCACCAAAUCUGUCUGCUGUAUCCAGUGCCUGCGGUGCUGCUUAUAAAGUCUAUCAAACCAUUGAACGUGUUCCUGAAAUCGAUCCCGACUCUUCCUUAGGCAGCCAACCAGCCAAGAUUACUGGAGAUAUCGAGUUCCGCAACGUUAAAUUCACUUACCCCACCCGUCCUGAUGUACCCAUCCUCAAGAAUCUCAACCUCAAAAUCCGUCCAGGUCAGACUGUUGCCUUUGUCGGUCCUUCUGGAUCCGGAAAGUCCACAAGUGUCCAGCUUCUCCAGCGCUUUUAUGAUCCAAUUGAUGGUCAGGUUCUGCUUGAUGGCGAGGAUCUCAAGUCUUACAACGUCGCGUGGUUACGCACACAGAUUGGUGUCGUCAGUCAGGAGCCUGUAUUGUUUAACAUGACUAUUCGCCAGAACUUGCUUAUGGGCGCAUUCCGCGAUGUCCCCAAGGAGGAGAUGAUCGAAGCAUGCAAGAAAGCAAACUGUCACUCUUUUAUCUCUGAAUUACCUGAAGGCUACAACACUCUUGUUGGUGAGCAUGGUGGUAUGCUUUCCGGUGGUCAGAAGCAGCGUGUUGCUAUUGCCCGUGCUAUUAUCAAGAACCCCUCGAUCUUACUACUGGAUGAAGCCACCUCUGCUCUUGAUACCCAAUCUGAACGUCUGGUCCAGAAAGCAUUAGAUGCCGCAGCUGCCGAUCGUACAACCAUCGUUAUUGCCCAUCGUCUCUCUACCAUUCGUAGAGCUGACUUGAUUGUUGUCAUGGAUAAAGGUGACCUCGUUGAACAAGGUACUCACAAUGAGUUGCUCGCCCUCAAUGGUGUUUACGCUGGACUCGUUGCCAAGCAGCAAAUCGCUACCACUCAAAUUGGACAUGUUGAAGAAGAGAUUGACGACGAAGAACUUUUGAAGCAAGAAACCAUGGAAUUAAAGAAAGAACAAGCAAACCAACAAGAAUUCAGGGCUACUUUGGAAAAGAUUCCAUCCAACUCUCUCUCCAAGAUCAGCACCAACAUUUCGAUCGAUGCCUUUGAAGUCAAACUCCGCAAGCAAAAGGAAACCAAGAAGGCUGCCAAGAAGCAAUCUGCUCCUGUCAGAAGAGUUAUUCAAAUGAUGAAACCUGAGUGGCACUUGUUGCUUACUGGUGUCGGUGGAGCUGCAAUUGCUGGUGCAGUUUUUCCUUGCUUCGCUCUCAUUUUCUCUCGUGUUACUAAUAUUCUUUCAUUUGAAACCGACAAAAUUGCCCCUGGACCUUUCCAAGGUGCCAAUCUGUAUGCCUUUUUGUUCCUCGUUCUUGGUUUUGCCGCCUUUGCUGGUUUCUCUUUCCAGAUUAUUUCUUUUGAAGUUGCCGGUGAGCGCUUUACUAAGCGUUUCCGUGGUCAGAUUUUCGACGCCUUUAUGCGCCAAGAGAUUGGUUUUUAUGAUGAGCCAGAACAUAGUCUCGGUGCACUGACUUCCAAACUGGCCAUUGACUCCAAGAACGUAAACGAAAUGGUUACCAAAACAUGGGGUGAUAUUACUCAAAUUAUUGUUACUGCUAUUACUGGUCUUGCUAUUGCCUUCUCGCAAAGUUGGCUUCUGACUUUGAUCAUUUGCUGCAUGGCUCCUUUUAUUAUUACCGCAACCUCUUAUGAAGCAAGAAUUCAUCGUGGAUUUGAAGACAAAACUAAGAAAGCCAAUGAACAAAGUGGUGAAGUCGCUGGUGAAGCUAUCAAAGAAAUCCGCACAGUUGCUGCUCUCAACAAACAAGUGCACUUUGAAGAUAGGUAUUUCAAGGCUACCGACCACCCUCACAAGCUCGCCCAACGCAAGGCUGUUACAUCCUCCGUCGGUUACGGUCUUCAGCAGGGUAUCACUCUUUACACUAAUGCUGUAGCUUUCUAUGCCGGUAUGCGCUUGAUUGCCGAUGGUAGAAUCAACUUCCAGCAAAUGUUCACUACUAUGAUGGGUAUCAUGAUUACUGCUCAGGGUGUUGGUCGCGGAAGUACUUUUACUUCCACAUUCGCCAAAGCCAAGUACUCUGCUAUUGCCGCCUUUGAAGUUCUUGAUCGUGUUCCAUCAAUCGACCCUGAACUUGAAGGUAUCGAGCCUUCAUCUUCUCAAAUUGCUGGCGAUGUUGCUUUCGAAGAUAUCACUUUCCGUUACCCCGCUCGCCCUGAUAUCGCCAUCUUCAACGGUGAAUUCAAUCUUAAAGGAAAGGCCGGCCAUACUAUUGCUCUUGUUGGUGCUUCUGGAUGUGGCAAGUCUACUACUAUUGGUAUGCUCCAGCGCUGGUAUGACCCUAUCACUGGUGCCGUCCGUCUCGAUGACAACAAUGUGAAAAAUUACUCGCUCGGUAACCUUCGUAGCCAUAUGUCCUUGGUUGGUCAGGAACCAGUUUUGUUUGAUAUGACUAUUGGUGAAAACAUCCGUUUUGGUGUUGAUGAAGACAAGACUAUUAGUCAAGAUAUGGUUGAAGACGCUUGUCGUGCUGCCAAUAUCCACACAUUUAUUACCAGCUUACCACAAGGUUAUGACACUCGUGUUGGCGACAAGGGAUCUCAGUUAUCCGGUGGCCAAAAGCAACGUAUUGCAAUUGCCCGUGCCUUGAUCCGUAAACCUCGAGUACUACUUUUGGAUGAGGCUACUUCUGCUCUGGAUUCCGAGUCAGAGAAGCUGGUACAAGCAGCUAUCGAUAAUAUCUUGGAAGAGGGUGGCCGUACUACAAUUACUAUUGCCCAUCGUCUGUCUACUAUCCAAGGAGCCGAUCAUAUUUGUGUUGUAAAGGAUGGUCGCAUUGCUGAGCAAGGCACUCAUUGGGAAUUACUUAAGUUGAAUGGUGCUUACAGUAGUUUAGUCCACCAGCAGUCUCUGAAUGCCAACUAAAUUAGACCAUUUAAACUAGAAUAACACUUUACCACCUCUUAACUACUAUAUUUCAGAAUAUCCGUAUAAUCUACCUUUAAUAUCUUGUAUACUUACUUCUUCUGUACAAUAAUUUAUUUAAUAAACCGCUCAUUAAUAAAAAGCGAUAAAAUACAAUUUUCACACU